AUGGGCGGAAAGGAGGUCGCGACGGCUCUUCGAAAGAUCUUUCGCGAGGACGCGCGACACCCCAGGAAUCUGCAAACGGACAAAGGAAAGGAAUUCUACAACGCCGACGUGCGCAAAAUCCUCGACGAGCGCGAGGUGAAACACUAUUCCACGUAUUCGGUGAUGAAAGCGUCGGUGGUCGAUAGACUCGCUGCCGCGCCUCUUGUCGAAUUACAAUCGUCGCAAACACAGAACGAUCCGAAUGCGUCCGGCGGACGUGACGCCCACCGUCGCCGAAAAACUGCUGCGCACGGUGUACGGUCGCGCGAAUAUAGCCGCGCCGGCGAAAUUUCGAGUCGGCGAUCCGGUGCGCGUGAGCAAAUUCAAAACGAUCUUCGAAAAAGGCUACACUCCCAAUUCGACCACCGAGAUAUAGCCAAAGUACAAAGGACCAAUCCCGUUACGUAUCUGCUGAAAGACGUUCGCGAAGAAGCGAUAGCCGGAGGAUUCUACGAACACGAAUUGCUGCGCGUCUCCAAUCCCGACGUUUAUCUCGUGGAAAAAGUUCUGCGCAAGCGCGGCAAUCGAGCGUUUGUGAAGUGGUUGGGAAUGGACAGUUCGCACAAUUCGUGGAUAGAUAAGGCGUCUGUGUUGUAA